UUACCAUGUCUAUCGGAUUAUGAAUAUUAGAUUUUGUAAUGGUAUCAGACGAUUUGUGAAUUUAUGUAAAACUUAAAUCGGAAUAUUUGACCAUUCAUAUCACAGAAACACUGAAAUAUGAACUACAAAAGUUAUGUUGUGUGGAACAAUAAAGGUGGAACAGGGAAAACAUCUCUGGUAUUCCAAUUGUCAGCCGAAUACGCCAGACAGAAUCCUACACAGAAAGUCAUUGUCAUCGAUAUGUGUCCACAGGCAAAUGUCUCAAGUUCACUUCUCGUCAAUACAUUCUCUAACUUUCCAGGCGAGAAAAUUGUGUCCGAUGCAUCAAAGAUUGAUACGAAAAAGAAAAUGAAAAGUUUUGAACCAAAUGUAUGUGGUUAUCUUUUAUCAAGACUCGAUCGAGACGAAAGCGUGAAGGGAACGAUUAAUUGGAAUCAAUUUUUGAUACAAGCUAGCGUGUUCAACAAAUUCGUCCCGGAUAAUUUACGUCUCCUUUGCGGUGACAUUUAUUUAGAGGUUCUUUCGAAAAGACUGGAACAAGAACGACAACUCGUACCAACUCGAUAUGAUAAUCCAUGGAGAAGAGUUACCUUAUUCAUGAAGGAUUUUAUCGAAUUCAUCAGUUCAAGUAACAAACAAGUUUUUCAUAUGUUUUUCAUUGACACAAAUCCAAGUUUUUCUAUUUACACAGAGAUGGCAAUAACUGGAGCACGUCGCGUGGUCGUUCCUUUCACACAAGAUGAUUUUUCAGUGUCCGCCAUCAAAUCGAUGCUUUAUUCAGUUUACGGCUUUACAAGCGAAGACAGCGAAAGACUAGAAGGUUUGAAAGAAUCACAGUAUUUUUGGCUUGCAGACAAGUAUGGAAUAUCGCCUCCAAAAUUGCAUUUAUUUAUAAACAACAGAGCGACUUUCUAUGGGACGAAAGCAGCUGCCGCAUUUGCCGCGAUAGGAAACGAAGUGAGCGCUUCCCUGCUUAAGGUUUAUAUAAAAAGUCAGGACAUUUUUGAAACUGCCACGGAGUUAUCUUCUCUUGAUUUAAUCAUGGACAUUAACAAGUUUAAAAUGAGAUAUCUGACUGAUUGCUGUGAUUUCCAAUCCACCAUAGUACUUUCCUUACAUAAUGGAUGCCCAUUUUCACAAAUUGACCCAGGUGCACAUACGAUUUACGGGUCACCGAUCACAAUAUCUAAAACUAAUUUGGAAGAUUGCAAAUAUGCCAUUUUGAAAAUUGUAAAGUUGCUGUAGAAAAAAUGUGCACAAGAUUUUAUAUGUUUUAUUUGGUGGUCUUGAAGGUGUUUACUAAAUAGAGAAGUUUGUCGGAAGAGUGCAGAAUGAAAGUCUAAACAAGCAUUGAAUACAAAUAGAA